GUACAACUUGGUGUUAAAAAUCUCCCGAGCUGAGAAAGCCUCCCAGUGUGUGUGCUGUGACUAGAGGCUGCAGCACACAGAUGGUUUCCCGCUGGUUUAACUGAGUGUUGUAUGUCCCAUUGUUAAUGUGGAUGUAGUUAUUCAACACGGACUUCCAAAACUUAACUCGGCCGGAAUGAACUUCACAUGAGAGUGGAUGGAUCUUCUGAUAGGAUUUUAUGCAAUAUGGAGAUGCUUGCCUGUCACUGCUUUGUAUGGAUACUUCUGAAAGGAACCUUUUGUUUGUUGGUUCUUGGGCAACAUCAUGACGCCGACUUCCCCUUCGACAAGAGAGCAUCGCCUGAACUCAACAGAGACCAAGAGCCUUCUUCACAGAAGAACAGGGCGAUUCAGACUACGAGUCCGAUUCAAAACACCAAGCUACCCAUCAGUCCCUUCAUCCCUCUUUCAAAGCAGGGACUUUUGGAAAUACUUAGAGGGAACUUCCAAUCACACUCCAACCCGUCCGUAAAGAUCAAGCUACUGCCUAUCAUGAAAGUUCACAAAUUCUCCAGGACGUUCAGCUGGGGAGACUUUUACUCAAACAUCAAGACAGUCAAACUGAAUUUGCUGAUAAUGGGUAAGAUCGUGGAUCAUGGGAACGGCUCUCUUGGAGUCUACUUCCGCCACAACUCCACUGGUGAGGGCAACGUCUCUGUCAGCCUUGUCCCACCGAUAAAAGAGGUGGAGUUUGACUUGGAGCGCCAAAGUGUGGUCAACCCCAAAGACUCAAAGACAUUCAACUGCAGGGUGGACUACGAGAAAACGGAACGUAACAAGAAGGUGAUUUUGUGCAACUAUGACCCAUCAAAGACGUGUGCUCAGGAGCAGACUCAGAGCCACGUCACCUGGAUGUGCUCCAAACCUUUCCAAGUCAUCUGUAUCUACGUGUCUUUCUAUAGCACAGACUACAGGCUUGUUCAGAAAGUCUGUCCAGACUACAGCUACCAGAAUCCAGGUGCCUACUUGCCCACGGGUUAAACAGAGGUCAAGCCAAAGACACUGGAGAAUAAUGUUUCAAUUAAUCUACAGAGAAAUCCAGCUUUGAGCAGCUAUGAGACAGUCUGACAGACUGUUUUGGAUGUUUUUGAAGGGAUUCUAAAGUAUAGCAUUUCUCUAGAAUAUAUUAUUUUCAAGUCUUACAUUUUACCAAAUACUGUAAAAUAUACAUUUUAGUGCAAUAUAUUGCUUGUUGUUGACUACAAGAGUUGUAUUAGCCUGUUUUUUUUUUUUGUUAAAUGCAAACAUUUAGUCCUGCAACUAAGGUUUAUUUUUGGUGUAGAGCUCAACCAAUUAGUCAAUCGACAGAAAACAGAUUAACUCAUUUGAAAAUCAGUUAAUAAUUUCAGACAUUUUCAAGAAAAAGAUGCGAAAAAAAAUGCCAAACUUUCUCUGGUUCCAGCUUCUCAAAUGAAAAACUGUGCUUUUUUUCUUUGUUCGCAAGCUGAAUAUCUUUGAGUUUUUGACUUGUGAUUGACCAAAACAAGACAUUUGAAGAUAUCACUUUGGACUUUGAUGAGUAUUAUUCUCUGAAAUUUAGUAGUCCCCAUAAUUAAUCAAAAACCUAAUCAGCAGAUUAAUCAAUAAUGUAAAUAAUAGUUUCAGCCCUAAUCGAUUAAUUUGAUGAAUAUUUUAUACAAUAUUAAUAAAUUAUGUUCUCUGAAAUGGCCAAAUGACCUCAUCACAAUCUUCUGCUUAUUUGUUUUGUCCCAGCAACAAUCCAAGACCCAAAGAUAUUUAGUUGAGUAUCAAUGAGAGAAAUAAAAGCUGCAAAUAUCAAAAUAGUUGCCAGUUAAUUUUCUAUGGACCAAUCAAAUAAUCAUCACUAAUCAUAGUCAGGUCAACUUUUUUGCGCCACACAUAAUUUAAUCCAUACUACUUUGCUGAAACUAUAGAACAUUUUUUGGUUAGUAAGGGUAAUAUAUUAUCAUACUAUAAUUUCUUAAAUGUUAAAUUUUAUUCAGUACUGAUAUGAAUUUAUCUGUCCUUAUACCAUACCGUAGUUACAGGGAUAGGUACCAUGCAUUUGUAACAUUUAUUUUGCAUUUACCUUAUACACUUUUGUCAUAUGUCAUACUCGCUCUCUCAUGUGUUUCCUAACACUGCACUGUAUUUUCCCCAAAUGCCAUUAGAAAAAAAAACCAACAGUUCUUCUAAAUUCCUCUAAACUAAAUGGGGCCACUGAAGCUUCAAUAGACCUACUUCACAAACAAGCUUUCAAAUCCAUUUGAGAGUUUUUCCUUACUCCAUUUGUUCCAUUUUAUGCAAUCAGUGUUUGGAACCAAGCUGGAGGAGGAUGAUUGUUUAUGAUCCAAACUCACUCACUCAAAAGUUUCACACUUAUGUAGGCUAUAAAUGACGAAAUGUACAGGCCAUAAAUAGGUUACCAACAUUACAAGUUAACACCAAUAGGAACCCAUUAUUUCAGCUGGCUGAGAACAUUCAUUGUUUAUCUCACCUACUUAUCAAAGUGACUGAUAAUGAUACCCACGUACACAUCACUGGUGUGUCUGGUGUUACUGUUGUUUCCCACAUGUUCAGGUGUUGGAUGCUCUCUUCUUAUUGUGCAAAUAUCAGUGCGAUAAAAACAGCUGUGUGAGCAAAAUUUGGCCUGCAAGACACUGUUUGAUUGCAAGAGCGAUGUCUUAAAAAUGGUUUUCUUGUUUGAAACUACAUGUAUUAACACAUGUGGUUAACCUGAGAUGGCGUUCUUCAGUGAGAUUUUGCAUUGGCAAUGAGAGCGCCGUGCCACGACCUGGUCCUGCAGAACAGAAAAGUGGAUGCGGAUGUUUCGACCAGGCUGCUGUGUGUGUAUGAGUGGGCAGGGGUUUGGGUUAGAGUUGAAUGUUUCAGGGGGCCCAGAGCGUGGCAGGGGUCCUGUGACAUGCUGGGGGCGCAAAGAUAUUUCAGAGCUGAUGUCCGUUGUAGCCCUGGUCACUGUAACUUCUUCUCCUGAGUGAAUGAAUGUUUAAUGAUCCAAACACACGCUGCUAACUCGAGUACAUAGGUGACAGAGGUGAUGCCCCGACCAUAUGGCUGAUGAAUCCCCCAACGAAGGCUCACACACCUCAGUGAUCAUGGUCAGGCGUGUACCCCCUCUGCAACACAACUGUGUACAGAGACCACUGGGUGGUUUGGGUACUAACUGAAUUUAAUAUCAACCAAAGGCCUGAGCUUCAGCUAACCAUCUGAUUUGGUGCAUAGGCCGCUUCUAUUAAAUCAGCGAGUCAAUCUGUGGAGUGGACUCUCCCGAUAUUCUCACAACCCUUUUAACAGUGUUCAUCCUCCACCUGAACAAGCACAAUGUGUACAAUAAACAGUACCUGUAAUUUUUAGAUGGUACCUUGAUGUCAACAAUUUCAUUUCACCCCAGGUCAUGUAUGUCGACAGUGGAAGUAUUCAGACUCUUUAGUAAAAGUACCUAAAGUGAAAUAUUAAAAUAAUCUAUUACAAGUGCACUGAAAAAACUUAUGUAUAAAUACUCAAGCAUUAUUGGCAAAAUGUACUUAAAGCAUCAAAAGUGUAUGUACUCUUUAUGGUGAAAAAUUACCA